UCGCCGAGAAAACAUCGCUCUUAAAAACCAAACAAAUAAAGUAAAGAACGUAGCGGACUGAUUGUGUGAAAUUUUUUUGAACUACCCGACGUCGAAAUGCCACGCCCAUUGAAAAUGACUUACGGUGAUCAGAAGCCUCCAUACUCGUACAUAUCAUUAACGGCCAUGGCCAUUAUACAUUCGCCGCAAAGAUUAUUGCCGCUCAGUGAGAUAUAUCGAUUUAUUAUGGAGCAAUUCCCUUAUUACCGGAAAAAUACGCAAAAAUGGCAGAACUCAUUGCGGCACAACCUGAGUUUCAACGAUUGUUUUAUAAAAGUGCCUCGCAAUGUUACGAAAGCCGGCAAAGGAUCCUACUGGACUCUCCAUCCCAUGGCCUUCGAUAUGUUCGAGAACGGCAGCUUGCUGAGAAGACGCAAACGUUUCCGUGUCAAACAGCUGGAAAAGGAUUUAACCAACUGGAAAUUGCCCGCCGCUACUAACGAAAUGGCAAGUGCACACUACUUGGACGAUCAAAUGAGUCAUCUGGGCUUCACAGAGCCGGCCAGGAGUGCUGGACACAUGCCUGGAAACUUUGACCUGGGUAGUCCAGUUCCUGCCUCGAUUCCAAACUACAAGACUUUGCCGACGAUCAUGCCGACGUGUUUGCCGCAGCUACCAGUUCGUCCGAAACGGGCGUUCACCAUCGAGAGUCUAAUAGCACCGGAUCCAAAGGGAUUACCACAUCCGGAUUUCGGAAGUGCCGACGUCGACGCGUUGAAAAAGCCGCAGUUCACCUUGCCAUUUAACUUCAACGAGCUGGCCACGCACUAUCAGUUGUACUUUCCAAACUUCUUGUAUAACAGCCAAUAUGGCAAUUUACCUUGCUAUCAAAAAACACCGCCGCUUUUUCACAACGGGCCGCUGCCAGUAUUUUGAUUCCAACAGUGUAACUAAUUGUCCAUAAGGGCAAAAAUAACUAAUUAGUGGUCCUAUUAUUAUUAUUAUAGUUUUAUGUUAUUUACUUGUGUAUUCGUAUUUAAAUAUUGUAAGAGAUUGAAUUUGGAAUAACUCUGAAAUCAAUAAAGAACUGCCCCAUAUCCUUCUUUGAGUUGCAAAAAUUGGAAACAGUUUUUAGUAAACAAUAAUAUAAAUUAUAAUACCCA